UCUAAUGCCUGUGCAGAUAUCUAUAUCUGAGAAAAAUGAUUAUACUAGGACGAGUGAUAUGUUACAACAAAUCAGACGCGUCUUUAGUUGCCUUAUGGUCUUAUUCCCUGAGCAGGACUCCUUGUUUUGUGUUUCUCUGUCUCAUAUCAUCUCUUACAUUUGGAUCAUUCAAUACCUCGUUAGCGCGCUUCCUGUUCGCUUAUACUUAUUCGAGUGAUUUUGAAGUAAUUGAGGGCAUUCAAAC